UUGGGUGAUCAGAAAGGUACGAAUGUAAUUGCAGAUGUCGAUGAAAGCUCCAGUGACGACGAAGGUGGAGUAGAGGCUGAACAUAACGAAACCCUUCGAGGUGGAGGUUUCAACGAAGAAGAAGAGAGAACUAAGAAGGAUGCUCUUCAUCCACGAGAUAUUGACGCUCAUUGGAUUCAACGCUCCUUGGCGAAAUUCUUCAACGAUCCUAUUGUGGCUCAGCAAAAAGUAACGGAGGUUCUGAGCAUCUUGAAGGAUUCAGCAGACGAUCGCGAGUGUGAGAACAAGUUGGUUCUUCUGCUCGGCUUCGAUCACUUCGACUUUAUUCGUACUCUGCGCCAACAUCGACAUAUGGUUCUGUACUGUACCUUACUGAAACAAGCUCAAGAUGAAGAAAGAGUCAAGAUCGAAGAGGAAAUGAAAAUGAAACCUGAACUACAUCAUGUGCUUGCACAGCUUCUAGAAACAGAUGAGGCCGAUAUUGUUGAGGUUCGUUAA